AUGCAAGACAAAGAUUCCAUCACGAUCAAAUCUCUCAAUUCCAAUCAAUUGGCAACGGAAUUCUUUCGUGAUUUAACCCAAUUGAUGCCAACUAAUGCUGUUAUCAAUCGAUUUAUUCACCAUAAAAUGAUUGAUCCAUUAACAGCAAGCCAAUGGAAGAUCUAUAAUCAGGAUAAAAUAAAGCGUGCCAUCCACCCAGAUCAGAAUCAACUAUUUCUUGUCGCUAAUAAAGACAAAAUUCUCGCUCAUUUCUCCAAAUUUCUAUCAAUACUUGAUCAUAUAGGGAUCUGCGCUGAAUUACAACGCCGUAACUUACAGGAAAGACUUGAUACUCUCUUUUUUACACAAUCUCAAGCUUGUACAAUAAAAGACAACAUUUGCGAUCAUACUAACGGUACAGCAACAGUUCAUGCAUUAAAUCAUCAUUAUCCAGAAUACAAUAUUAAAGAUCAAACUUUAAAAUGGACACAGCAAAUGAUUGAUAGCGAUGAAAAUGAUUAUGACAGCAAUGACAUGUUGGAUGAUGAUGAAGAGGACAAUAAUGAUCGAGCUUUUAGCGAUAGUGAAAUCAAUCAAUUAGAAUUUACAUCUUAUGGUGUUCGCUAUCAACAUCGUCUUCGUUCUCAUACCUCACCAUAUGGUAAGAAUGUUAAAAUAUCACGAGAUGACAAUGAAUAUCUCCCGUGGUAUGAUUGGGAGGAAGAAUAUGAGAAAGCGACGUUUUAUUUCUAUGCAAAACUGGCCAAUAUAUUAUUACCUGGAAAGAAUCUACAAGAAUCUACAUCCAAAGAAGUUAAAUUAAAAGAAAGGACUAGAAUUUUGCAUGAAUUAUCAACUGAAAACCAUACAGCUGGUGUAACCUUUCAAAAUUUCAAAUUAUGUAGUGACGACCAAAAUGCGGACAGAGGCAGAAAAAGUAAAUGGAAAAUAAAAUCAAUUUUAACAGCUAUUAAUAAUAAAGCAAAAGAAAAACGACAAAUAUCGGUUGCAAAUACUAAAAAUAAGGCCGGUAGGCUUUUGAAAAAGAAUCAUAGCCUGAAGCGACUUAGGAAACACAACAAACUAAGAGGCCGAACUCAGUCCAUUGACAAUAGCGAAAUGACAAAACAUUAUACCGUAAUUGGCCAUCAUAUUAGCAAGCAAAGACACUUAAGCAGCUUUAAAGCCUUAUAUCUAUCAUUUCUAGAGCCACAAGAUGUCUGUAUAGCGGCAACAAGAACUAUAAAUGUCGACAAUAAUUGGCCAAACUAUUCCAGUUUAAGAUCCAGUAAUUGCACAAGUACAGCAUCAUCAGAAGACGAUUUGUUUGCCCAACAAGAAAUACAGCAAGAUAGAAGUAUUGAUAACGAAAACCAGCAAUACAGUCAGUCCGACGAUAGUUGUAGUCUUAAGUUAGAAGAUCAAUCUGUCAAUUUCGAACAAUUUUUAUUUACCACUAAAGAGAGCGACAAUCAAUCAACAACUGUAUGGUUGUGUACUAAGCAAGGCUACAUAGUUGUAGUCGAUUUUGGAGACAAAAAGGGUAAAUGUCAAGAUAGAUUUCGCGUCUGUACAUCAUCAUUGCUAUCAAUAGCAGCAAUCCCCAAGUAUAAUGCAGAUGAACUUCUUAGUAAAGAAGGGGAUAAGCAUUACCAAUCUGUAGAAAAUCACAAUAUUGAAAAAAAAUUAGCACAAGUAAGCUCAAAAAUGGAUCGUCAUGAUGCCAAACAAUCCAUUUUGCUAUCAAGUAACGAUAUUAAAGCCCGUCUUCAACAACCCUGUAUGUGGAUUGGCUCUGAAUCGGGCUGGUUAUACAUAUAUGAAUGUAACUCAAGCCAUUAUCAAUUACUACAUUCUUUAUCGCUAAAAGAUUCCAUCUUAAGUCUUCAUUAUAAUCAAGAUCGAGUAUUUGUUGGAUUAGUAAGCGGAACGCUUAUCGUUUUUGAAAGAGAUUCAAGUGGAAACUGGAAGUUUGACAAUCAUGAUGCUAUUUCCUUGGGAAUCCAUACUAUAGCACCAAUUUUAUGCAUCGAUUCGUGUAGUAAUACAUUAUGGUGUAGCUGUGGUAAUAUGCUACAUGUUAUACGCCUUGAUAAUAUGCAGAUAGAGGCAUCCAUGCAAUGCCAUGCCCGAACUAAGCAUUAUGUAACUAAUUUGGCAUCGGUUGGCAACUAUUGGUGGAUUACUACUCGUCGCAGCAGUAUUAUUCGCGUAAUCCAUCAAAAUACCUAUCAAACCAUCAAAGAAUUUGAUAUAGCCGAUCACAUUGAAGGAAGUGUUGCUAAGAAGGAUUGGAUAUGUGUGACAGCUAUGGUAGCUCAUCAUAACUGCUUAUGGAUUGGUACGAAUAUCGGUAGUGUACUUAGAUUGCCUAUGCCAUCAGUUACCUCACCAGAAGCUGUGACUAAUUCUGCAGCAGAAUCCCUGCAAUUUGCGUGGCUUAAAUUAACACGAGUGUGUUCAUUACGUCAUCGAAGUGCUGUGCGCCUCCUUCUACCAGCCUAUAUACGACAGUCUGUUGACUGCAAGAUCGUAAAGGCCGAUCAAAAGCAUAACAUCAAUCCAAUGCAAACCACAGAUGUAACUUAUCUACACAGAAGUGACUCGAACGAGGAAGAUUUUGUAAACAGAGUAAGAAAUAAAAAAUCUUCAUCAUCUACUAAGACUGAGGCAGUUAUGUUCAGCUGUGGUGAAGGAAUUGAAGUUAUAAAUAACGACCUUAAAAAAUAA